GAAUAAAAAGACAGGUACUGUUCCCGAAAUUACCUACUUCAGAUCAGCUCUUACAGACUUCACAGAGGAACAGUGUAUUAAAAAGCUCACAAGAUGGCUUUUCUCCAGAAUUUAUUUCAGCAAGCUAAUAAAGACGGGGGUUUUAAACCUGCUGUUGUUGAGACGGGAUACCUUGGAACAGUCAAGGCUGAUCCUAAUUUUAAUGCCCAGAAUGAUGCUGCAAAAUUAAAGAAAGCCAUUGAGACCAAAGGUGUGGAUGAAGCCACUAUUGUGGAGGUGAUAGCAAAGAGGAGCAAUGCACAAAGACAACAGAUCAAAGAGGCUUAUCAGCAGAGUACAGGAAAACCUCUGGCAGAUGCACUGCAAAAGGCUCUGAAGUCAGAUUUUGAGGAAGUGGUCCUGGCCUUGCUGAUGACUCCUUCCCAGUAUGAUGCUUUUGAGAUGAAAAGAGCCAUGAAGAGUCUUGGGACAAAUGAGGCUGUCCUAAAUGAAAUUCUGGGGACCAGAUCAAACAAGGAGAUCACAGCAUUGAAGACUUCUUACAGAGAAGUCUACGGAGAGCUGCUGGAGGAAAAUGUUAAAAGUGAUGUUAAAGGAGAUCUCGAGACCACCCUGCUUGCCCUUUGCAAGGCUACCAGGAGUGAAGACCGUGACAUUGAUGAUGGUCUCGCUAAAAGUGAUGCAAAGGCUCUUUUUGAAGCAGGAGAGAAUCGGAUUGGCACUGUUUGCUCUGUUCUGAUUGACAUCCUCACAAACAGGAGUGAAGCUCAGUUGUGCAAAGUUUUAAAUCAUUACAGCAAAAUGAGCAAAGAUGGUUUUGUCAAAGAUCUUGAGGGUGAACUGCAUGGAAGUUUUGAAGACUGCCUGAUGACCCUGGUGAAGGCUGCUUGGAACAAACCUGCCUACUUUGCAGAAAGGCUCCACCUGGCUAUGAAGGGAAUGGGAACCAACACUGACACAUUGACUAGAAUCAUUGUGAGUCGUUCAGAAAUUGACCUGCUGAAAAUCAUUCAAGAGUACAAGAGGAUGUAUGGCAAAAGCCUUCAGGAAGACCUUCUGAAAGAAACAAGUGGAGAUUAUGAGAAGAUCAUGCUGACUAUCUGUGGGGCUCCGUAGACAACAAUAAAUAUCUUUAUUCAACUGGAUCACGCUAAACACAUCUGUUCAUUAAAUGGGUGUAUUCAUGACCUGUGUAAACACCUAAUCUCCUCAGGGUGUGUCUCUUCAGGAGUGUUUCAUUAAAACUCUUUGUGCAACUCA